CAAUCAUCCCUUUAAACGUGCAUUAUUUCAAGCGCGUCACCGCAGAGCGAUCGCCUCGGCAUCUCUUAGAAAGCCCGACACAGUGGUUCUGAAAUAACUUUUAGUUUCUUAUCACGUCCAUUUGUAUUAUUAUUAUUUGUCAGUUGCAGUGUGUACUGCGAUGACUGAAGACGUGGAGCGGCUGCUGAUCCAGUUCAAGGAUGAGGGCGGAGAGGUGCUGGGCUCGCCCUUCGACGUGCCGAUCGACAUCACGCCAGAUAAACUGCAGCUCGUUUGCAAUGCUCUGCUACAGAAGGAGGAGCCGCUGCCGUUGGCGUUCUUCGUGAACGAGGCAGAGAUCGUGAGCUCCCUGGCCAGCGCUCUGGAGGGUCAGGCGCUGGAGACGGAGCGGGUGCUGGACAUCGUGUAUCAGCCGCAGGCCGUGUUCAGGGUCCGAGCUGUGACCCGCUGCACCAGCUCGCUGGAGGGGCACACUGAGGCCGUCAUCUCUGUGGCAUUCAGCCCCACCGGCAAGUACCUGGCCAGCGGCUCGGGGGACACCACAGUCCGCUUUUGGGAUUUGAACACAGAGACCCCCCAUUUCACAGCCACAGGGCACAAGCACUGGGUCCUCUCGAUCGCCUGGUCCCCGGAUGGGAAGAAACUGGCCUCCGGGUGCAAAAACAGCCAGAUCUUUAUUUGGGACCCAAACACAGGGCAGCAAACUGGCAAGGUGCUGGCCGGCCAUACUAAAUGGAUCACUUACCUGUGCUGGGAGCCACUUCACCUAAACCCAGAGUGCCGCUACCUGGCGAGCGCAUCCAAGGACUGCGCGAUUCGGAUUUGGGACACGGUGCUGGGGAAGUGUGACAAGAUCUUGACGGGACACGUGCAGUCUGUGACCUGCGUGAAGUGGGGGGGGGACGGGCUGCUGUACAGCUCCUCCCAGGACAGGACCAUCAAAGUGUGGAGGGCCCAGGAUGGAGUCAUGUGUCGUACGCUGCAGGGACACGCUCACUGGGUGAACACCAUGGCGCUCAGUACCGACUACGUGCUGCGGACCGGGGCCUUCGAGCCAGCAGAGGCCACUGUCAACCUGCAGGACAUGAGGGGCUCAUUGGACGAACUGAAAGAGAAAGCCUUGCAAAGAUACAACAACGUCAGGGGUCAGGGUCCGGAGCGGCUGGUCUCGGGCUCCGAUGACUUCACGCUGUUCCUCUGGACCCCCGCGGAGGAGAAGAAGCCGCUGUGCCGCAUGACCGGUCACCACGCGCUCAUCAACGAGGUCCUCUUCUCGCCGGACACUCGCCUCAUCGCCAGCGCCUCCUUCGACAAGUCCAUCAAGAUCUGGGAAGGCAAGACCGGCAAGUACCUGACCUCUCUGCGUGGCCACGUCUCGGCUGUGUACCAGAUCUCCUGGUCAGCUGACAGCCGGCUGCUGGUCAGUGGCAGCAGCGACAGCACUCUGAAAGUGUGGGACGUCAAGACUCAGAAACUGUCUAUAGACCUGCCGGGACACGCCGAUGAGGUGUUUGCAGUGGACUGGAGUCCGGAUGGACAGAGGGUAGUGAGUGGAGGCAAAGACAAGUGCUUAAGAAUAUGGAGACGGUAGCCCUAGCAACUCUGGAACGCUUCGAAUUCUGUUUCAUGGAGCCCGCAAGCCUAAGGUGGAAUACGGAAGACUUCAAACUGAUGUUAUGUGAUAAAACAGAACUUUUAUUAGGAAUGCAAGCCUUCAUCAUUAUGAACUCAAUCCCCUUGACUGCUGGAUGAGAAGCCUCUCCUGAGUUUCUCCGCGGGUCUGCCCUUCUGCCGCAUUAUCUGUAUCUUUCCAACAAUAAACCCACUAAAAACACAA